UAACCACUAUAAACUCAGACACGUUUCGAAGUUGCAGUUAAAAUGUAGGCUUUUAAUUACAUUGGCUGGCGGUCAGACGUAUAUACUGACAUAAUGCAAAAGAGCUGGGUUAAGGAACGCUUGCUCUUUAUUUUAUUCAAUUAUACUUGAUUAUUUAUGGGUUAAUUUAUCUGAUGGUUUAUCGUCCCGCCACUAUAAUCCCGAGCAACGGCCAAACAAACAUCUAUUUAAAAAAAAAAAACCGAAAGGAAGAUUUUUACAGUUUAUUAUUUUUAUUUAGCUGCUCAUGAUGUCUUUAGCUGGAGCGCUAUGGUUUGCUGUCCAGGAUGAUUUAUUUACAAACGGACUGUGUAGCAACUCAUCAUCGCCCAGCAUCAGCAUCAGCAACACAAUACAAGGCAAACAUCCCAGCGUGAGUGAACCCAUCUCUGAGUCCGAGACACACAGUGUCCUGGACGGAUUGGAUGAUCUCUUUAUUACCGAUACAUUGCAUUUCAGUCGCCAGUGUUUGCGUUUCAUUGUCGAUUUCAUCCAGGCCCGUUUAAAGAAGGACCUGUUUGUAUCCGGCCACAGCCCGACCUCCGCGGAACCCAACAUUCUGGCCGCGCUCGCCUGCUACGCACAAGGGUCUCUGUGCAGUAAAACCACAGACCUGCUGGGGCUAGAUCAGACUGCAGCGGGCGAGGCGGUGAAAACCGUCACUCAACUCUUAGCAGACAUGAGUCCCGAUUUUAUCACGUUCCCGAACAGUUAUAACGACCGCAUGGGUGCCGCUCAAGCCUUUAAGAACCUGAGCGGCGUCCCGCACGUGGUGGGAGUGCUGGGCUACCUGCACGUGAAGGUGAGCCCUCCACUCGGGGAGGAGAACAUGUAUAUGAACACUCUGGGCUAUCAUUCGGUGAUGAUGCAGGUUAUAUUCGACGUGGACGGGAAUCUCUUGAGUCUGGAGCAGUGCUGUCCCGGAGGAACUCCGGAACACACUGUUUGGGAGAACUCGGACAUUGGCAGGCAGUUCAGUAUAUUUCAACACGGUCACACGUGGGUUGUGGGUAGCAGAAGUCUCCACGGUUGUGCACACGUGUUGACUCCAGUCGAGGCUUUUCGCAUCAAAAGCAACGCAGCCCUGAGAUUUAACAAAGCGCACAGUCAGCUACAUGGCCGUACACAGCAGGUCUUCGGCAGCUUGAAAAGCCGUUUCCAGUGCCUGCGCGACAUCGGCUCCAUUCAGUCGCCCGAGUCGGUGGCAUGUACCAUCAAAGCCUGCUGCGUCCUGCACAACAUCUGCAAGAAGUUCUCCGUGCCGUUACCCUUGGAUUUUAGCGCAGAGCCACUCCAUCCGCCAUCAGAGGCGGCGAACGUCACGGCAGAGCAGCCGUUUGACUACAUGGAAGACGCUAAAGAUGAAAUGAUAGAAAUGUUUUUUAAUAUUGCGGAGGACGAAGGCGAAUAAGAUGCGGAAAGUGUUCGCAAAAAGCCAGAAACCGUCACUAAAUACCUUUCAUGUUAUUAACAGACCGAUGCAUGCCAGUGCCGGCGGACUCUUCACACAGUUUUAUUCAGCUCGUCAAAAAAAUUCAUCAAAAUAAGUUAAUCCUACACAUUAACUUACAAGGUAACAUGACACUAAUAUUUGUCAACAAGUGAUGUGAAUAAAAACCAAAUAUUUAUGGAA